AUGCUUGGAGAUGGUGAAUGUGUCUUUUGGUCUAUAGUUAUUGGAGAAGAACAUUUUCUUAGUUAUGGUGAUAUGGUUCCAGCUACCAUCAUGGGAAAGAUAUUGGGAGGUGUGUGCUCACUGAGUGGUGUGCUCGUUAUUGCACUUCCGGUUCCAGUUAUUGUUUCAAAUUUUUCUCGUAUUUAUCACCAGAAUCAGCGUGCGGAUAAACGGAAAGCACAAAAGAAAGCUAGGAUGGCUCGAAUUCGAAUUGCCAAAGCUACAAGUGGCGCAGCUUUCGUAAGCAAGAAAAAAGCAGCCGAAGCCAAACUCGCCGCCCAGGCAAAGGAGAACUAUAUGGAAGAAAAUGACGAUGAUAUAUUCGAGCUACAGCAUCACCAUCUUCUUCGUUGCUUAGAGAAAACCACGGAUCGAGAGUUUGUGGAACUAGAAGCGUCACAUGCUAUUCAGGCAAAUCAAGCUUCUUCCACACCUCCCUUGUCUCCUGCUCCUAUUGUCGCUUCCCGACGAAGCAGAUUCUUCCGUUCUUGUUGUGGAACGAGCUGCAACCGUAAGAAAUACCAGCAGCACAAAGGCUUGGGAGCCACAGACCAAGAAGAGGAAUUAAAUGACAUCGACGUUCGAGUUUCGAAUAAGACGCCCCCUUCUGCUGACCAUCAACAGGACCAGUCCGGACACAGGGUGAGCAUGUUUUGGUGUAACGGGGAUUCGAACCCGCGACCUGCAAAUUGCGAGUCGAGUGCCCUAACCACCUGGCCAUUUGCAAACAAUGGACAAGAAAGACGUAUAAAAGUGGCCAAUCUGAGACGUCCAUUGUAUGAGCUGUUGAAUUCCAGUUCAGUGUAUUAUGCAAUGAUGUCGGGUUUACGAGUGUGGACGUGAAAGUGAUCACCAGCAAAUCUGUAUUUUUUUUUUAUGUGCUCUUGAAACUGCAAUUUUAUAUUUGAUAAUUGUGUCUGUUCCAUAUGUACAGAU